AGCAAAAAUCAGCAUAUGGGAAUUCAAUGGAAUUCAGCGCUUCGAUUUGAACCGGCAAUGUUAGAUUUUGGUGAACAUGCGGUGGGCAUGCCAGAAAUAAGAACAGUUAGGGUAUUUAACCCACAUCAUGAAAACAUGUUGCGAAUGCUUUCCAUCUCAGGAACAACACCACACUUUCAUUGUUCAUUUUUUCAAGAAAAGGUUUUACCACCAGAUGGGAAUACUACGUUUGAUGUAGUCUUUUUAGCCAGAUUGCCUGGAAAUGUAGAAAACACAAUUUUUAUUCGCACAAGUGCUGGUACAACACCGUAUCAGGUGUUUGGCACAGGUGUACCCAAUCCAUAUCGAUUGCGUCCGUUCUUGGGCGCAAGAGUCCCUCUCAACAGCAGCUUUUCACCUUUAAUAAAAAUGCACAACCCUUUUAGCUCAGGUCUCAUGGUUACGGAAAUGUACAGUAGCGGAGGAGACUUGCAUCUUGAGUUACCAUCAGGUUCACAGGAAGCACCCAGAAAUCAGUGGGAGAUAGCACCAUACCAGACAAAGUCUGUGAUGAGGGCUAGUUUUGUGGGUCGGACCGAAAACAACCAUACGGCAUUCAUCCGUAUCAGGACCAACCGUACAACACAUAAACAAGGCCCUCUAGAGGCAGAAGAGGGAGAGUUUCUCAUGCUACCUGUAGAAGUUGAAGUUUCAUCAGUUCCUGGUAUUUAUUCUUCUCUGGAAAUGAUGGACUUUGGAACUCUACGCACCCAAGAUGAACCGAAAACCAUUCCCCUCUAUUUACUAAAUACGGGUCCAAAAGUCGUGCAUAUAUCUUCUGUAUCGUUAGUUAGAGCAAACCAGGCUAUUUCAAUAGAUUUCAGUCCAUUGGGGUUGCGGCCAUCAGACACACACAUCAGGGUUGCCAAUGUGACCUUUCACCCUAGAAGAGCCAAUCAUACGAGACUGUGGUCAGGAAAGAUUAUUAUCAAGACAAAGGAAAAAGGCUUUAAACUUCUGAUUCCAUAUCAAGCACAUGUACUGCAAGGGAUUCUUAGAUACAGUAGGAACAACACCUUGUUUUAUCUGUCAGAUCCACCUCCAAAAGAUACAGCAGAGAGAAACUUAUCACUCACAAAUCUAUUCAACUUCUCAAUAGUUCUACAUAGUAUGAAACUAGUGGAUGAUGCUAAAGAGGUUUUUAGUGUGAUGAAUGUCAGUUUACCAGUAUCCAUAACACCGCAAGAAACCUAUAGUGAUUUGGUGUUACGCUUCAAUCCAGCAAACGCAUCUCAACCUGUGUCUGCUACACUGAAACUUAACACCAAUGCUUCAGUGUUUACGGUUCCUAUCUAUGCUUAUACAGGCAAGUUAAAAUUUGCUGUAAGCUCUGAUAAGGACAAGGUUGACUUUGGGACGAUGAGUGUAACAGAUACAAGGACGACAACAAUAGAAGUAGUCAACAAUAAUCCAGUAGAGGUUCCAUUAGAGAUGUUUUCCUGUACGUUAGAGAAGUGUUUUAUGUUACUGAGGAGUAUUGAAAGAUUAGAUGAUAGCAACAUGGAUGGAAGUGAAGAUACAGUCAUACCCUCACCCAAAGCUGUUGUUAUUCCAGCAUGUCAUGUAGCAAACUUUGUUGUGACGGUGACUGCACCAUUGACUGAAGGUCAGUUUGUUGGUGAGGUCAUCUUCAAGACGGCGUAUGAAGAGAAAAGAAUCAUGGCCACCUUGAAGACUGUUGAAGGAUACCUUAGCGUACGACCAGAUUACAUCACUAUGAAACCAUCAUUCCCGGGUUACACUCAGUCUCAGAGUAUCACAGUAUCUAAUAGCUUCAGUCACAGGCUUAGAAUAGAGAGUAUAGCACCAGACCCUCCGGAUGAUAGGUUCUACUACAAGCCACCUGUCAAAGUAGCCAGCGUUGAAGUAGAUGCACACAAGAAACAAAAGAUUGGGAGAAUAGUAUUUGAUUCUAGGAAGCAGUGUGCUACAGACUGUUAUGUAGGAUUACCACCAAACUCACAACAAUCUGAGAUGUGGUUAUCAUCGCUUGCUUUACCUGAAGAAACUCAGGACAUCGACAAGCUUUCUUACAACUAUCUACGUAAUAAAUGGUACAAGAUGGUAGAAUCAGGGCAAACUAGUGUAAACACCACAAUGUAUCUGAAUAGCAACUUAGUGAAGCAGAUACCUAUUACAGUACAAGCAGAAUUAGAGUGGCCAACGCUAGCAGAUAAACAAGAAGCUAGGUUUCCUCUCACCUACAUUGGCAAUACUUCGAUUGCUGAGGUUACCUUGUUGAAUCCUACAGACAGACUGGUAGUAGCUCAAUUACUUCCCAUCUCAGCUUAUCAAGACCCUGGAGGAGCAUUAGAUCUACUUACAGAAAGUGAGCAAAUGGAUCCAGAGUUCAUAGAAAUAGAUGAUCCUGGAGUGUUCUUUUUAGCUGAUGUUAAAGAUAAGUCAUCACCGGGAAAAUGCCUGAAAUCUCAUCGUGAAUCAGUAGAGAAUAUGAUAGGAGUAAAGACAAGCAAUGAUGCUCUCCUUGUUGGUAUCAAACCGAGACAGAAUGUUACAGUUCAACUUGGGUUUAGACCAACAGAUACAAGAGAAAGAUAUUCACUCAUCUUAAUCAGGAACAACCUGACAGUGUUAGAUGCAGUGGUAGUACAAGGUCAAGGAGGGUCAGGAGAGCUUAGACUCAAUAACAAACGACCUGGUGUCAACAGCAAUCUACUCUUUGAACUUAAAAGUAGCCAUCUCGUCGACUGCAAUAAAACAUCACCCAAAGCAAGGAGUCCACCCAACUUCACAGUGAAGAGAACAUUUAACAUGAAGAACACUGGACAGUUACCAUUAUCCAUAGAUACCUUCCUCAUCAACGGUAGACUGUGUGAGGGAUAUGGGUUCAGAGUGUUACAAUGUAGACCGGUAGAGAUACUACCAAAUGAAACAAGGCGAUUGGAUAUAGCGUUCACUCCUGACUUCACUCUAAACCGAGUGACCCGCGAGCUAGAGGUGGUGGCCUUCACUGGUGAGACGCUAUCCUUCACACUCAUAGCCACUCUACCACCAAACAUGUUAGCUCCAUGCACAGCUGCCUUACCACGACCUCAUUGGGAAAUCCCCCUCCAUCUCUUAUCAGUGUGUCUAAUGGCUCUUCUAUUCCUGGUCAUAGUAGCAGUGUCCUAUCUUGAGAUGGUUAGGUACCUGGAACCUAGCGUGACCACCAAAGCUAAACUCUCCGAGGCUGAUCAAGAUGAGAUUGAUUCUAUUAAACCGUUUGAUCUGAGGAAUAUUGCAGGAUUGAAACCUCUCCCGCGGGAUAGAGGAGGGUCUGUUGGUUUGCAAGGAAAUGGUGGUGGAGGAGGAGGUGGAGGGGGUGCAAAUACAACAGCAACAAACAAAACAAAAUCAAGAGCAACGAGUCUACUGUCUUCGUUAGGUGAAAAACUGAACAUAUUUUCCGGGAGCAGAUCGGGAUCAAAGUCUCGUUCUGCUUCUAAUUCGGUAGCCAACAAUACACGGCAGGCAGAGAGUCGGGGCUCUAUUGACCGGGAAAAAAUCCAAGUCAACAAUUUAAGCAGUACUACGGCCUCGUCGGCUCCAAAAGUUAUAAACAGAGCGUCCUCUGGUCAACCAGCAUACUCGCUGCAAGAUCGCAAGGGUUCUCGGAGCAAGAGAGGUAUCCUACCUGAUUAUGAAAAUAACUUAGAAUCAGCGUCAGGAGGUAAAAAUAGUGAUUAUAGCAAUGGUAGAGUCUUAUCUAGCGAAAUGAUAGAUGAGAAUCACGUGAACCAUGCAGGAGAUUACGAAUCAUCUUACCAACUACAUAACUCAAGAAUGAGAGGGAAGGUUGGAGGAAGAGGUGAUGAUACGGAAAGACAAGAUGUUAAAGACGACGAUAUUUCAUCAACGACAACAGAAGAAUCUAAUGCAGAGUCAGAAUAUUCAGAAAGAAGCAGCAAACAAUAUGUAGAUGACGAUGCUAGCCUUAGUGAAUCAGGAGUGUCUAAUAUCCCUGCUGACGAUCUUGAGGCUGAAGGUCAACGUUUAGCUGCUCAAAGAUUCAAGAACGUCAAAUCAAAGGGGAAAACCCGCAAGGGAUCUUCUAAGGGCAACUCCAAAUCAAAUUUUCAUGGGGAUGUCUGCCGACCAAGCACACUUGAACUACCUUACACAACAGCUUUGGAGGCAGGGCGUCGGCAAGAUAACUUUGACAAAGAGCCAACCUCGCCGCACUCCAUUGCAGCAAAGGUCGCAGCCAAAGCAACCAAGAAAACUAUUAAGGUUCCAAAGACCUCCAAGCCAAUGGACAGUGACGCAACGAGUACUACAAGCAGCGAGCCUGACAAAGACUCACCCUUACCUCUGUGGGAUCAAGCUAAACCUAUCCCAUCAGGUCCUGAUCAUCAACGCCCAACAGCCCAGACGCAGCAACCGAUCGGGUCAUCAUCACGUCCUAACUCUGCUGGUGCUGGUCUGAUUGCUAGACCUACCAGCUACAGCAGUGCAGUGUCUGGUGCAGCUCAGGGUGAAGGAUCUAAGGGAAGUAAGGGUAGCAGCAAGUCUAAACUCACCAAGCAACUAUCAGCACCAGAGGAGAAGUCUGCUUUCAGUACUGUCAAUGAUAAGAAGAAUACUCAUCCAGGAACCAUCGGAACGAAACAGAGUAAGAGCAGCAAGCCACGUUCUGCUGGAGCCACUGUCAAACAACCACCAUCAUGGUCACAGACUGGACAGGUAGAAGCAAGUGGUAGCAGUUCGGACACCAGUUCAUCAGCUGGCCCUGCAAGUCCAAGUUUUUUUGGCUCUUCUGCUAACAAACUUGACCAGGGCUCAGGACUUGGUAAGAAGAACAAGAAGAUACCGACCUCAUCUCAGUUCAACUUUGUAGGAGAUGCAUUGGGUGCAGCAUCCAUGUGGGAUAACCCAACACCAUCUCCUCUAAGUGCACCACCUGGACUACCACCACCUACAUCAGGUCAAGGAUCAGGAGGUUUAGGUGACUGGUUGGGUUUUGGUGUAAGUCGUGCUCCUACUUCUAGUAGCAUGUGGGAAUCUAGUCCAUCAACAUCCAACACAGCCACCUGGUCUACCAAUACAUCUUCACCAGGAUUCUCUCAACAGAACUUCUACCAGUCUCCUGGGUUGUGGUCUAGUCCAAGCCCGUUGGGUGGAGGAGAGAAUACCUGGUCUGGAGGGAGUACAAGUCUCUUUGAUAACUCUAUCUGGAGUAGCUCAUCGGACAAUAACAGCUCCCUGCUUGAUACUAGUGGUCCACACAACGCAACUGACCCUGAGGCAACUCCACGAGCUUUUGACCCAUUUCGCAGCAGCAUCUGGGGUCCUUCCCAUGGUAGCGGAGGUCCCAACCCCUGGGCUAACCCAGAUAUGGAUAACAACAAAUAGAGAGAAAGAAAUCAUUCAACCAUCGUUUCAUCAUAGACAAGCAUUUCUCUCAUCUCAACUUGUGUUUUCACCCCCCCCCCCCCCCCCCCCGCACAAAAAAUUGUGAAGCAAGUACAUCUCAUAGUGUUUUAAAUUAUUGUACAGAGUUAGAUGAUUUAUCUUUUUAAUCUUAUUUAUUUGUAGUGAGGAGGUAAGGUGGUUGGAUGGGGUUAACAUGGGCCCUCUUUCAUUAAACUUAUCAAUGAUAAGUGCUCAAAACAUGCUCCUAGCCAAUGAAAGAGCACAAUUUGAGUAGCUUUUAACAUGUAAUUGAUUGUAAGUUUUAUGAAACAGGACUCUUGUUUUUGAUCAUUGAUUCUAUGCUACCAUUCGCGAUUAACACAAAGUAAAGAAUGGCUUUGAUAUACAUGAUAAUUUUAAACUUGGGCAAGAUAUAUAAUACCGAAUUACGGUACUAGUAUUAGAUAAUGUAAAAAAAUGGCGGUGACAGCAGUUUGUGAAGUAAAUUUGUAAUGAAAACUCAGUACUCUGAUAACUGGUUUUAAUCACUUUAUCACUUUUUCAAUUGAUGCAUAACAUUGUAUACAUGGUAAAUGACAACGUACAGAUCAAGCAUCCUAAUUUUACACUCGAGAAUUGGCGAUAUGAUUCUAAUAAAUGAAUUAAGGAAUAACAAAAUAGCAAGAACAACAUGAAUAAUUCAGUGUUAAUAUAUUUAUUAACCCUAAAAGAGCCAGGGGCAGAUCGAAUCCCCCCCCCCACAGUUUUGACAAAAAUAGGCAUGUACAUCAACCUUUUUGACAGUUACCUUGAAAACCUUUAAAAUCAGACAUUCAUUCAUAUAGAAAUUGCAUAGUUUUAUAGUUAUAGUCCAAUGUUGCAUACCUUCAGAAAUUCAUGCCUGAGAAUUUGGUUUUAAAGCAUUAAGGACUGAGAGCUGUUGUAAUGAAACAGUGUUCACUCUUUGUACGGCAAAGAUAUCAUGUGAAACAUCAGGACCCCCACCCCCCUUGGCUUAUUAGGGUUGAAUAUAAAUAUAUACACAUAAUAAGAAUUUAAUUCAAACAUCCAAUAUGAGUAAAUAGUACAUACAACUUUGCAAAUAAAAAAUUACCGCUGUAACCAAAAAACAACUUUAUAAGUAUAAACAUGAAUCUUUUAGAUAUGGAUGGAAAGGAAUAUUAAUGCAUAAUUGGAACAAUGAUUAUCUGGAGAGGAAGUGAACACCAAUAUUUGAGUUAUUUGUGCUAACAAAUCUUACUGUUUAUUUAAUAUGCCAAUAUGUGGACUAUAAGGAAAUAGAAGAGACUAAUUCGUAAGUUAUAUAUAUUGCUUUUUGUAAAAUGCAAGAUUAUUAAUUGGAAACAUGCAGUACCUAUGUGUGUUUUAAGUUCUGUUAUGCUAGAUAAUUAUAAGCACUAUUCAGUGUUUAACGUACAAGUCUUUUCUUCGAUGUAUUUAUUGGAUUUCAUCUGACUGGAAUCAUACCAAACUAUAUUUCAGAUUAUUUUCCAUUUCUUUGAAGUAUUCCAAGUAAAUUUCCAUGACAAUGAUUACUAAUGGAGAUCCUUUUCAAUCUAAAUUAGAUUGUCAUAUUCACAUAUAUCUUUAUAUUGAAAGACAUUUGAUUAUUUAAAAAGUGCAGUUGUUUAUACUAUCCCUAUUGUGCUAUGGCGAAAGAUCAAGUAUUAUUUUUUUCUAUUUUAAAGAUGAAACCUGAAUGGAUAAGAAGAAAAUACGGACAAUUUCGAGAAAUUUCACAAUUUAGUGAUACACAUGUGUAAUUAAUUAGCAUUAUAAAUGCUUCUGUUUGUUUGAUAUUAUUAUCAAGGACUUGUUUUAUUGUAGUCCCUUUUUAUUUGCAUACAAUAUUUACAAAAGGCAUGAGAAUAUUUUCCCAAGCAUACAUGGUAAUAUAAUAUGAAAAUAAAUUUGUUCUUGGAUGCACUUAAAUAGGGACACAAAUGCAGACUUUUUGUACCCAAGAAGCUUAAUUAAAGCACCCCGAGUCUUUUUGUUUGUUGUUGGUUAUUAUUGUUGCGUAGAAUAUAUAAUAUCCCAAGUUUACACAAUUUUCAAAAAUAUGCUUCUUUUUUUUUAGUUUAGUUUAAAUUGCAUUGCCCAAGGCAAAAUAUUACGCUGUGAUGAAAUGUUUAAUAUUUCAAAGAAAUCCAUUUAUUUUUCAGUGAUCCUCUUAUUUAUAUUUUUGUUUUUUGUAAAAGAAGGUUUGGAAAUAAGAGAAUAUACAUAUGCUGUGACCAGAAUGGAUUUAUCAAAUGAUGAUCAACAUCUAAAAGGCUGAUAAACUUAAGUUUCAUUUUAUUUUAUUCAGUAUUUAUUUGCAUAUCCCCUAAUUAUGCUGUCAUGGGUUAUUGAUGUAUAGUUCAAACAGAUAUCAACCUUAAACAUAUUUAGAUGGUAGAUGUUUAAGAUUUGAAGAAAACUUUGUUUAAACAUGGUGUAAGAGCUUAUUGGACAUGACAAUAAGUAAUAACGUUUGACUGGUGCAAUUCUGAGGAUAAGAAAGCCUUUGUUAAACAAGCGACUAAUUAUGGUCAAAAGGCUUGUUAUAUUUGGUCCAUAUUUGUAUGUACUUGCUGAAAUUUUUAUUUUUUAUUUAAAUUUGAUAACUGUUAUUACUUGCUUUGAGAUGUAUUUGCUUCCUGCACUGUUCCAUAAUGCUUGUUCUAUGAUGACCGAGGUUGAAGAUGAUGAGGGUGAAGCAAUUUUCAUGUGAUGUUAUUGCUUUUAGAAGGUUUUUGAGUUAUGGCCAUGAUGUACCCAAAAUCUAGCCUGUGUUUAGUGUUUGUUUGUAUACUAAGGAGCAUUAAUCGGCUUAAAGAAGCAUGAGGGAGAAUCAUCAAGAGAAGUGUGUAUUAACCUAAUCCAUCUCUAUGAGACGGAUGUAGACGUAGCCAAAAUUGAUAUGACAGAUAAUGUUUGUGACAUCGGAUGGAGAAGAAUGACACUUUUUUGUAAUUUUAGCACUUGAAGUAGUUUGGAUUCUCUAAACGAAAGACUUUUAAUCUUCCUGCUCUAAAAGUUUCCUCUAUAAAGUAAGGUUCGUAAUCGUGUAUAUGACAAAUGAGGAAGCGGGGUAUUUUUUGCUGUGUAUUUAAAAAGUCAAAAGUUGGUGGACUCUGCCUCUAUUUUCAUGCUGACUCUGAGCAGUUCCCCCCAUGAAUGAAUGGGAGAGGGAAUCUCUUAACUCUGCAGUCUUGAAUUUGAAUACUUGAUGUAAAAAGAACAUCAUCCUAUUCAUCUAUUCGGGAAGGUUUCAAAUAUUGUAUCCUAUGCAAACUAGCUUUGCCAAGUCAAAGUAAUCACUUCAAAUACGUUCAACAUCAGGUGGAAAAAAAAAACGAUUGAAAUGAUUAUAAAGAAUCUUUUGCUGUCAACGAAAAGAAAAAGAAGCUAUGUGAGGUAUCUAAGUACCUGGUUGGUGGGCUUACGACUUGUGAAGGUUAUUUCAAAGUCGUUUCCCAUGAGUGAGUUUUUAAGCAUCUCUGUUAUUGAAAAACGAGAUCUCUUUCUAUCUUUAUCUCUCGUUCAAUAAAACUA